GCCGAGAGGAGAGCAUCGGCGGCUCCUCAGCGUCUCCACUGUAUCGUUACUGUAUGUGAGGCUGCAGGGGGGAAUAACGCGUGCUCCACCGUGUAUUUUCACUUAUUUGCAUUUGUUUUCCUGUGUAUUAUUUUUUUCUAUCUGAAAGGGCGCCUCAGCUCGCAGGAAUGACAGCCCUGUCGCUGCUUCUGAUGGCCGUAUCGGCCGCAGCUGCACUGGCCGAGUCCACUGUAUAUUUCCAAGAGCAAUUUGAAGACGGGGACGCCUGGAAGAGUCGCUGGGUGGAAUCCAAACACAAGUCGGACUAUGGCAAGUUCAUCCUGACUGCAGGGAAGUUCUACGGUGAUGCGGAGAAAGACAAAGGUCUUCAGACCAGCCAGGACGCCCGCUUCUACUCCCUGUCAUCCCGUUUUGAGGACUUCAGCAACCAGGGCCAGCCUCUUGUCAUCCAGUUCACUGUGAAGCAUGAGCAGAGCAUCGACUGCGGUGGAGGCUACAUCAAGCUGUUCCCCUCCGACCUCAACCAGGAGGACAUGCACGGAGACUCCAACUACAACAUCAUGUUUGGUCCUGACAUAUGCGGCCCCGGCACAAAGAAAGUUCAUGUCAUCUUCAACUACAAAGGAAAGAACCAUCUGAUCAACAAGGACAUCCGAUGCAAGGAUGAUGAGUACACUCACUUGUAUACACUGAUUGUCAACCCUGACAAUACAUAUGAGGUGAAGAUUGACAACAAGAAGGUUGAGUCUGGCAGUCUGGAAGACGACUGGGACUUCCUGCCUCCCAAGAAAAUCAAGGAUCCCGAGGCCAAGAAGCCAGACGACUGGGACGAGAGGGAGAAGAUUCCUGACCCUGAUGAUAAGAAACCAGAGGACUGGGACAAGCCUGAGAACAUCCCAGAUCCUGAUGCUAAGAAGCCUGAUGACUGGGACGAUGAGAUGGACGGAGAGUGGGAGCCGCCCAUGGUCACCAACCCUGACUACAAGGGUGAAUGGAAACCCAGGGAGAUUGACAACCCUGCCUACAAGGGCAAGUGGGUCCACCCUGAGAUUGAUAACCCUGAGUACACACCGGAUUCUGAGAUCUACAAAUACAGUAGCAUCGGUGUUAUGGGACUUGACCUGUGGCAGGUGAAGUCUGGUACCAUCUUUGACAAUUUCCUCAUCACCAACGACCCGAACCUGGCAGAGGAAGUAGGCAUAGACACAUGGGGACAAACCAAGGACCCUGAGAAGAAGAUGAAGGAGAGCCAAGAGGAGGAGGAGAGAAAGAAGCGUGAGGAGGAGGACAAGAAGAGGAAAGACGAUGCAAAGGACGAGGAGGAGGAGGAGGAGGAGGAGAAAGAUGAAGAGGAGGAGGAGGAGGAAGAGGAGGAGGAGGAGGAGGACGACGAACAGGAGGAGGAGGAAGAGGACGGCACAGACUCUAAACUCAAGGAUGAGUUAUAAACUUCUCAACAGGAACAUGCUAGGAAAGAACCUGAGUGUGUGUGUGUAAAUGAGCCACUGGAACAAGGCUGGAGACUGAAAGACCUUCAUGUGUGACACCGUGGGGUGGGUUAGGGUGGAGUGGGGUGGGCUCUUCAUUUGUUUACAAGACGAGGGAACUGAUGGGGGAAAAAAGGGCAUCAACUGUUUUGUUUUUCACGUUUACAUAUGCUAUAACUGUCAGUAAAGAAGGAGGUUGUAAUGGUAGCGCAAACAAUGAAGAUGUUGUGAAGACCACCAGAACAAUACCCAUACUUUUUUUGUUGUUGUUAAUAUGCAAUAGAGAAAAAAUAACUUGUCAGUUGUUCUGCACAGAGUUGAGUUUUUAUUAAGUAUUUUGUCAUCUUUGUAACAUGAUUUUUUUUGUUUGUUUGUUUGGGUAAUGAACCAUACCUUGGAAAUGUUUUAUUUUACCUCAUCAUGUGUUCUGUUUGUCUUAAUGUGUGUCCUGUGGGUUUUUUUUUCCUGUCUCAAGACACCCCUCUUUGCCCUCUGCACACAUCAUGCAAACCUCAGAGGGUUUUAUUAGGGUUAGAUAUAACAUGGAGUCAUCCUGCUAUCCUGCCUACUCUUAUCCCAAUCCUCUCUGAUUCACACAAGUGAAUAGGACAUGCGAUGGCCUGUUUAAAAACACUGCCAUUGCCAAUAGGAAGGUGACAUGGGCUUCCUUGAGAUGGAAACCUCUGCAUAGUUUUGUACUGUAUACUUUAAACAUUUCUUCUCUUCAGUGCGGAUAUAUUUAUGUGUCUAAAUUAAUCCUGCAUUCACUGUACACACACUGAGACUUAAUAGCGCUUGGGUAGCAGCAAACAGCUUCUGUCCGUCGGUACAUAGAUCCAUUUAAUUUAGUAGUGGCCUGUCCUAGUGGAUAGACAUUGAAAUCCUUCAUUUCUGAUGUCAUCUUCUCUGCACUGCUGUACUCCAACACACUGUCCUAAAACAGACUGAAAGCCGGUCCUUUUUGUAAAGACACAUUUUUGUACUAAUGCUAGUAAUCAAAGUGGGAGGAUGUUUUCAUUUUUUGCUGUAAAAAGAGAGGAAUUCAGUCCAAUAAAUACAACCAGAAGGAAAUGA